CCAAGCUCCGCCUGGCAGGUGUCCAGCUCCUAUGUGGGCAGGAUGACUAAAGCCAUGCUGGUCCAGUCAGGCCAUGAAGUUUUCACCUUCUACCACCGAAUGCUUUAGAAGUUUGCACUCCCCAGUUUUGCAGUGGCUGGCCAAGCCAGAAACCACAUGGGGAAGGGACACUGGCAGACUUUCCUGUCAGGCUCGAGGGAAAUGGUUUGAGUCGAGUCAGCAGCUGUCUGCUCAGAGCUGUGGUGAAACAUAGCUUGCAUUACUGCAGAAUUCUCCUUUGUAACUGAGCCUCAAGUGCUUUCUUUGCAGGCCAGAGGCUGGAUCCUGUCUUUGGUCACACUGGCAUGCAGAGCCAGCUGCUUUGCUAGCGGUCGGGGGUGGAAUGCAGCAGCUGCCCCGGGACCAGCAUCAGGGAAAAGGUGAAGCCAGACAUCUGCAGCUGAAGCUGCUGGGCGAGGUGCAGAGGGGAACUGCCAGCACAAGGCAGCCUGUGCUCACGCCAGCCAGCCUCAGGCUCUGGCCUCUAAGCAGGAAGCAGCCAGUGGCAUGAGACCCAACGCAUAGCCCCAUUUAGGGCACGCACAGCAGCAAGAUCUAGGCCAACUUGAGGACUCAGAGGCUUGGAGCUACUGUACAUCCUGUGAGCUCAUGGCUCUGAAGCUGAGCACUAUGUGUACCCCCCCCCUUUGAAGUAUACAUGCGGCUGUCUAGCUCUUCUACCGCACGUUCUCUGCUUCCAUCGCACUAACUGCUGUUUCCCUUUUUGCACUCCUCCCCCUCUCGCAAUAAAAGUCUUCCCCAUGCAUGACAGAGACUCAGAGAAAUCUGAGCUGCCCAGUUUGAAUAUCUGGCAUAUGCACCUGGUUCAUCUAGAGCUUCGGUAGGUUUCUGAAUUGGUCCCGGGAGAGCCCUUUCUGCAGGGAAGAGGGUGUCUGCUCCAAGCUGCUGUGGGAUGUCUCCUUCCCUGGCUCUCGUGCUGAUGCUGGCGGCACUGGGGAGCAUCGGGGCGCUGGACCCCAGGGUCUUCACUUGCCCGGAGCUGCGGGCUCAUGUCGGGGCCUCAGUCCUGCUGGAGUGUUUCCUCCUGGUCCCUGGGGACGGAGCCUGGACAGUGACCAAGGUGGACUGGGUGCACACACCGAGAAACAGCACGGAGUCGGAGGUGGUGGUCUUCUACUACUACAGCGGGCAUGGCGUCCCGGCAGGGCCCGCCCGGGAGCGUGUGCGGUGGCUGGGGGAUGUGUCCCAUGGCAAUGGCUCCAUUGGGCUGCAGGACGUGCAGGAGGGCGAUGGUGGCACCUACACCUGUGAGAUCCGGGUGUCCGGGCACAGCAGCAUCUUCAAGAACCGCACGGCGCUGCACGUGGUCCCUGCCGCACGCAGACGCUCCUGGGCUGUGGUGACCGUGGGCCCCAUGGACCCCGAGAGCGCCGGGGGCAGCGAAGGAGGCAGCAGCAUCGUGGGCUAUGUCUGUGCAGCCGUUGGCCUGGUCCUCGCCCUCUUGCUGGCUCUUGGGCUGGUGCUCCGGACACGAAGGUCCGCGGAGACCAAGGCCCUUGCAAAGAGCUGGGAGGACGGCAGUAAGAGCAAAGCAGAGAAAAGCAUCUACUCCUCCAUCCACGGCCCGGGGACGCCCAAGGCCGUGUGCGAGGCUGAGCAGAGCAGCAAAGCUGAGGCAACCUACGUCACCAUGCGUCCUGUGGCUGCUUUCCCCAGGGCAGGCACCAUGCUGCUGGAUGACAGCACCUACAUCAACUUCAUGAGGAAGACAAUCCCGGCAGAGUGGAGGCAGAAAGGACUGCAGAGCGAGGGUGAAACCCAGGGAAGCAGGAAAGCUGGGGAUGGAGCAGCCUGUCUUGGGGUGGAAAACCCCUGUGCUGUAGAGGCGGGAUGUGAGCCUGAGGCCCAGCCUGGCAAAGCCACCUUGGACAUUAGCUCAGGCGAGGGGCAAGCUCUGCCCACUCCACCAGGGUGCUGUGGUGCUGGCACUCAGCCCCAUGGGGACAAGGACCCUGCUACGUGCUGACCUGAUGCUCCUCC